UGUGUAUUUUCGCACGAAGAGUUCACGCGAUACUUCAUUCUGUUUGACGUUGCCAAUUUGAUGUAGAUGCUACGUGAUAAAACAUAGUAUGCAUGUGAUUUUCACGUAGAUGUUAUGUUUGUCACAUACAUCAUGCAAAAUGACAGAAAAUGAAUAAGUACAUGAAAUUUCACGUAACAAUAACGUGAAAAAUAUUUUGAGUGUAUAUAUUAUUUUACGACCUCCCUGACAAUGUAUUGUUAAUUUUUGUUAAAUUGUCCCUACAAUGUAUUGUUAAUUUUUUUUUUAAGAAAUUGCAGAGAGCUAAAAACGGCCAGAUAUCUUCAUGAAUAACGUCCAUAUCCCCAUAUGUUCCAAAUCCAAAACUUUUCGAAACAUGUUACAUAUUAUUUCAAUCACCCCGAAGGGGUGGGAGACGAAAACAAAACAAAGGCAACUGAAAGUGGCCUGUUAUAAAAUGUUAUCAGUUGAUAGCAGAGAGAAGCUACAUUAUUUGCCUAAUUUCCAUAUCCAGUGCUAGCUCAAUUUCCACUAGUCAUCUAGCAUGAUCGAUUGACGCCGGUGUCCAGUUUGGAUGUUUCAAGGAUGUUUCGCAAAAUUAUUCCUCCAAUCGCAUCAGCGGCUCGAAAUUUUAGCAUCUGCGAACUGCCCGCACACCUGCAGGAGCUCCAGAAAACAUGCCACAGCUUCGCGGAUCGCGAGCUCAAGCCGGUGGCGGCAGAACUGGAUCGAGAUGCACGCUUCCCCGCGGAACAAAUCGCGAAGUUGGCGGAUUUGGGACUCAUGCGGGUGACCGUUGAUCCUGAGUAUGCAGGCUCGGGUUUGAACAUGCUAGCGCUGUCUCUAGUCGUCGAGGAACUGUCCAGAGGCUGUGGGAGUACCGGCUCAAUAGUCUCGAUACACAAUUAAAUUGCAGAGAGCUAAAAACGGCCAGAUAUCUUCAUGAAUAACGUCCAUAUCCCCAUAUGUUCCAAAUCCAAAACUUUUCGAAACAUGUUACAUAUUAUUUCAAUCACCCCGAAGGGGUGGGAGACGAAAACAAAACAAAGGCAACUGAAAGUGGCCUGUUAUAAAAUGUUAUCAGUUGAUAGCAGAGAGAAGCUACAUUAUUUGCCUAAUUUCCAUAUCCAGUGCUAGCUCAAUUUCCACUAGUCAUCUAGCAUGAUCGAUUGACGCCGGUGUCCAGUUUGGAUGUUUCAAGGAUGUUGCGCAAAAUUAUUCCUCCAAUCGCAUCAGCGGCUCGAAAUUUUAGCAUCUGCGAACUGCCCGCACACCUGCAGGAGCUCCAGAAAACAUGCCACAGCUUCGCGGAUCGCGAGCUCAAGCCGGUGGCGGCAGAACUGGAUCGAGAUGCACGCUUCCCCGCGGAACAAAUCGCGAAGUUGGCGGAUUUGGGACUCAUGCGGGUGACCGUUGAUCCUGAGUAUGCAGGCUCGGGUUUGAACAUGCUAGCGCUGUCUCUAGUCGUCGAGGAACUGUCCAGAGGCUGUGGGAGUACCGGCUCAAUAGUCUCGAUACACAAUUGUUUGUUCGCAAAUUUACUAAAUCGAGUAGGAGCUGAGGAACAGAAGCAGCAUUUUUUCGGGAAAUAUUCUAACAACUCGAUAGGCGUAUUUGCACUAAGUGAAUCCGAUGCGGGCUCUGAUGUAGCCGCACUAAACACAAAAGCCCAGCGAGAGGGCGAUUUUUGGAUUCUUAACGGAACGAAGGCGUGGGUUACCUCAGCGAAGGAGGCACAGUAUGGCGUUAUCUUUGCCACCGUUGAUACUGAUUUAAAGUAUAAGGGCAUUACAGCUUUUCUACUGGAUUUCGAUAAUGCAACUGGAUUAACAGUUGGUCCCAAUGAGGAUAAGCUUGGAAUUCGAGCAACAUCAACGUGCAAUUUACACCUAGACAAUGUGCGUGUUCGUAGUUCGAACGUUCUCGGAUCAAUAGGCGGCGGUUUCCGCCUGGCAAUGGAGCAAUUGGAUCGAGCUCGCAUAGGUAUCGCAUCGCAAGCGCUUGGAAUAGCACAGGCAGCACUGGAGGCUGCUGUCGGCUAUGCCGAGCAGAGGAUUGCUUUCGGUCAACCACUGCUUAAACUAUCAUCCGUUCAAACUAGGAUUGCUGAAAUGGCGCUCCGAAUCGAAAGCACCAGACUGUUAGUUAGAAAAGCGGCGGUCGAGAUUGAUCGGAACGAGCGCUCGACCAAAGCCUGCUCGAUGGCCAAAUGGUUCGCCGGUGAAACUGCCACUUUUGCUGCGCACAAUUGCCUACAAAUCAUGGGUGGAAUGGGAUACGUGAAAAACAUGCCGGCCGAGCGAUUCUACCGGGAUGCAAGAAUCACGGAAAUCUACGGUGGUGUAACGGAUGUUCAAAAAACGAUUGUUGCAGAACAAGUGAUAGAACAACUCAAGGGGCGUUAGAAUCUAUUUACGUGAUCCUAAGAAAAUAUAAUAUUUAUAAUAGUAAUAAGUCUAGGAGACUUAUUUCUACUAUUUUACAGGUGAUGGAUUAAUAAAUCUGAAAUUCUCUACAAGCACAA